GUCAAUUCCCCCAAUUUUUAUGGCCAAAAGAAGGGGUCUUUAAGCGGGUGUAUAGACGGAGGGGCUUUAGUCGUCUCUCCGGGGCGUAAGAUGGAGGAAGAAAAGGCGGCAGCAUACUACGAUGAGCUGACACGUAAAGGAGAAGGCGCCGCAAGAUUCAAGCAAGGUCUUGGCUUUUCUUCAUCUUCCAACUCAAAUGACGCCGUUCCCACCCGUGGCUCUGCUCUUGCUUCUUUCUCUUCGUUUCUGAGUAGUUUUGUCAGAGCAUCAAGCCCCUCCAAAACCACCCAGUUCGAAAAACAAGCUCAGCUUCAAACUAUCCAAAACAAGCUCAAGAAGAAACCUAAACACGAGACAAGUUAUGACAAUAGCAUUUCUUCUAGUUUUUCAAAAGGAAAAACCAGAGGAAGCCCAAGUCCAAGUCCCGAAAAGCCUUCGAGCCGGAGAAACCGAAGUCCAAGCCGGAAUUCAAAGCGUCGGAGCCGGAGCAGAGAUAAAGAGAGGCAUUCGAGACGCCGAAGCCGGAGUCGAAGCCGAAGUGAUUAUGGGUCGAAGCGUCCAUAUAGGUCUAGAAGUACAAGUAGAGAUAAACAUAGGGAAAGGGAAAGACAAAAAGAGCGGGAUCGAAGAUCAGACAAGGUUGGGAAAGAUAGAGGAUCUACGAUAGAUUAUAGCAAAUUGAUUCAAGGUUAUGAUAACAUGACUCCAGCUGAAAGAGUCAAAGCCAAAAUGAAACUUGAACUUUCAGAAAGUGCUCGAAAAGAUGAAACAAAAGGCAUGGGCUCUGGAUGGGAGCGUUUUGACUUCGACAAGGAUGCCCCUUUGGAUGACGAGGAGAUUGAAGACAGAAAGGCUCUUUUAUUUGCUGAUACUGAUACACAGUUGACUGCUUCAGCUGUAGAAGAUGAUGGUGCUUUAGUCAAUCACAUUGGCAAAAGCUUUCGGUUUUCUGCGGUGGAGACUAGGAGGGAGGAACAAAUCAAGGCUGCUCAUGAUGAGGCUAUUUUUGGAGCUCCCUCGCUUCUGCCACUUCCACCUUCCACUGAAAUAGAUGAUGGAACCGAAGAGGAUAAUGGCAAAAAGGACCUCUCUGAAAUUGCCCCUGCCACAAGUCUCAUCAGUGGACAGGCACUGGCAAUGCAACAAGGCUCUUGGCGUGAUCGUGCACGUAGAUCAUGAGUUCUGUGAAUGCUUGGAAGAUUUUUUAAAACAAAGUGAUGUGAUCACGCCUAAUACUCUGUUUAUGCCAAUGGAGGAUUUUUGGUUUUCUGCUUCUCUUGUAUCGGUUGUUGCCCGUUGCUUUUGUGGUGGUGCAAGUUCCUCGUUUUCUAACGGAUAAAUUGUGGAGAAGGGAAUUUAUGGAGUUGGGCUUUCAACUUUAAAAUAUCCAUUGUAGGUAUCUGUGUGUGAUGUGCUAAUUUUAUGAUGGAGAACUAACAUGUAUUAACAUAGUGCAGGUAAUUUCUGUAAAUAUUUCUCUUUGGUACUCUGAAUUUCGAAUUCAGCCCUUGUAUACUGCUGUAUGUGGAUAUCUAGUAUAGUGCUUUGGCUA